UCACAUUUCACCCUCACCUCACCCGACCCUGCUUAACCAAACAACCCCGAGCAAACGUGUGCCUUGUCCUGUGGUGCAAUGAGUGUUUUUCACGACGAAAUUGAGAUCGAAGACUUUGAGUACGACCUGGAGGAGGAGACUUACUACUUCCCGUGCCCCUGCGGAGAUAGAUUCGAAUUUACCAAAGAAGAUUUAUUCGCAGGCGAAGAGGUAGCGAGGUGCCCCAGCUGCAGCUUGAUUAUUAAAGUCAUUUACGACCGGAAGGUAAUUCUGGAGCAGUUAGAUGAAGAGCAGUCUCUGGGAGGCAAACUGAAAAAGCUGCAAAUCAUAGAGUAAGUUAGUUAUAAUGAAUCGCGGUAGAGGCGGCGGCCGAGGUGGGCUGAGCAGGUCUUUCAACAAGGAACAGUUGAGUGCCUUGGGGGUGGCCAACAACGAGAUGCCCAUCCUCGUGACGCAACCGCCUUCAGUUUACCCCUUAAUGGAGCGGCGCCCCGUGCCUCUCACGCAAUCUGAAGACACGGAAUACCUAUUGCUGCUACGGCAAGACUUUAUAGAUCGCAUGCAACUAUCGGCCGCCUAUCUGAAAAUGCCCUCCAAAGAAAAAACACAGCCCAAUCAGGAGAUUGAUCGGCUGGUAGCGCAGCUGCCCAGCGCCAAAGACAAGUACGAUUGGAGCCUGCUGCCUGCCGAACUGCGGCCAAAGUUGCUCGCCCGGAAAGUCAAAGAAGUGCCAGUCGCCACCAAAUCCAUCAACGUACAGGAAAAGCUGAAGACUCUGGAGAAUCUCGAAGAGACCAAGGACAAAAACCCUGUAAAGGGGCAGGUGAAGGGUGGCGAAGAGGAUCUACUGGAAGAAGCCUCAGAGGACGAACAAAUGGAUGAUGGCACUGAUUACGCCGACAACUACUUCGACACUGGGGAGGACUAUGAAGAGGAGGACGACAACAUGGAUGAAGGCCCCAUUUACUAACACCCCAUGUGAUAUAUCUAGAUAUAGUAAUAAAAAUCACUAUUUUGGAA